AUGGGUAACUGCACUUGUAAAUGGUGUGAAAAUAGUCUACCUUUAGACGAAGUACGUUGUACUCAUGAAGGAGAAGAGGAAAAGAUUGAACAAUUACGAACAGCAUGUUCCACUGAUGAUCUCGAUACCGUAAUAGAUUUAUUGCCGCAGUUAUGUGAAACAACCGUACGUCAACAUAGAUAUGAUUUCCUUCGAAAUAUCAAUUUUAUAGGCGGAAACAAUAAUAUAGUAAGACUGGUACGAGAGUACCAAGAUCCUUUCCGAUACCUUUCAGAAACGGAAAGAGUUUAUGAAAAUGCUAAUCAACAGAUAUCUGUUGAUCGUGCAGAUAUAGCAACAUAUUUGAGAUUUAUUGGUACUGCACCGUUUUUUCUACGACCAUUAAUUCGUAUUAGUAUUGAGAGACAAUGUCUUGAUCAUUUCUCCCAAAUUGUUGAACAGGCUAUACAGAAUAACGGCAAAGAUCUGUGUAACAACCUAAAAAAUUUAUGGCAAACUUUCAUGAAGGGAAGAUGCAUAAAAUCAUUCCUGCGUAUCUAUACUUUAUCUCGUCCAACAAUGUCAACGAUCAUUCAAAAUAAAUCAAGUAGUUAUGCAAGUUUAAUAUAUAUGAAUUUACAUAAUAUCGAAUGUCGGCAACGAGCAUACAAUGGAAUAUCGUAUCGUGGCGAAUUUAUUUCAGCGAGAGACUUAAUUACAUAUCGUGGAGCAAAGGGCAAAGAAAUACUUGUUGAAAUCAAAAACUUUUAUUCAACAUCAAAAUCACAAAAUAUAGCAUUAAUGUACGGUGCGAACCCAGAUGAAAAUGAUUAUAAAUUUCCUGCUCUUUAUAUCUUUGAUUUCACAGAAAAAUCAUGUUCAACUGCUAUAGAUUUAGUAAAAGAACCUGUAAUAUCGGAAAUUCCUGAUGAAGAAGAAGUACUUCUACUUCCGUACACAAUGUUUCGUGUUGUCGAUGUACGUAAAGCUGGAUAUAUAGAUGAUUCAGGCUGUAAUCGUUGGAUUAUUGAACUUAAAAAUAUAACUGUUCCUAGACGAAAUCUUAUGUCAUUUAUGUGGGAACGUACAGAUCUGAAAGCUGGAUCGAAACCAGAUAUGAUGUUCUACUAG